AUGGAACCCACAAAUUAUUAUCACAUUUUCCUUUGCUUUUUCUUCUGUUAUGCAUUUUCAGUAUUACCAGUCUCUAUUGUUUUUCUUACAGAAGCAAAGAGAGUAGGGUUUAGUGUUGAACUAAUUCAUCAUGACUCCCCAAAGUCUCCCUUUUACAACCCUAAACUUACUCCCUAUGAAAAAGUCUUCAAUGCCAUCCGUCGUUCUUUCAGUGGUGUCAACCAAUUCAACCAAAAUGUAGCACAAGCUGAUAUAAUCAACAAUAGGGUUUCAUAUCUUAUGAAUAUUUCAGUUGGUUCCCCACCUUUCCCCAUUCUCGCCAUUGCCGACACUGGUAGUGAUCUUAUAUGGACACAAUGCAGACCUUGCACUCAGUGUUUCUCCCAAAAAGAUGCUCUUUUCGACCCCAGAAAAUCCUCUACUUUCCGAAAACUUUCUUGCUUCUCAAGGCAAUGUAAAGCCCUUGAGCGUUCCUCUUGCUCCAACGACCAAACUUGCCUAUAUUCAGUGUCUUAUGGUGACACAUCCUUCUCAAAUGGCGAUCUUGCUAUGGAUACUGUUACUUUGGGUUCAACAUCUGGCCCCCCUGUCCCUUUGACUAAAACUGUCAUUGGUUGUGGACACAAAAAUGCUGGUACUUUCAAUGACAAAACAUCUGGCAUAGUUGGCCUUGGAGGCAGUGAGGUUUCUCUUGUUACACAACUGGGUGAUUCAAUUGGUGGCAAAUUCUCUUACUGUUUGACUCCAUUUUCAUUUUCAUUGUCAAAGAAUAAUACUUCGAGCAAACUUAAUUUUGGUACCAAUGGAGUUGUUUCAGGUUCAAGCGUUGUUUCAACUCCUUUGAUUUCUAAAGAACUAAACACUUUCUACUAUCUCACACUUGAAGCAAUCAGUGUUGGCGCCAAAAAGAUUAGAUUUGUUGAUUCUUCAUCUUCAAAGGGUAAUAUUAUAAUUGAUUCAGGGACUACACUUACCUUUUUUCCGAAGUUGUUUAACUCUAAAUUGAUCCCAGCCUUGUCAGACGCCAUUGAUGCUAAAGCUGUAAAAGACCCUAACGGCCUACUUGAUUUGUGCUACAACUUUAGAACUGAUUUUCAAGUUCGAAUUCCAGAUAUUACAGUGCAUUUUACUGGGGCGGAUGUGAAGUUGAGUCCUUUGAAUACAUUCAUCAGGGUUACUCAGGAGAUUGUUUGUUUCACGUUUAAGGGUUCGGGUGGUGCACAUUCAAUUUACGGUAACUUUGCGCAGACCAAUUUCUUGGUUGGGUACGAUAGACAGAAAAAGACUCUAUCUUUUAAACCAACUGAUUGCACCAAGGCUUGA